ACAGGGCUCAAUAACAGAUACAGAGAAAUGAAAUUCUCAGAAAUGCUACCAGUCACCUCAGGGUCAGUUACACGUGAGUUUAUCCACAUGUGUGUGGACUUCAUGCACCUAAAAGGAAUGGUGACUCUCAAGAUGAAGAUGUUCCUCAAGUCGUCAACUCUUCUGAGGAUCCUUUUGUAAAAAAAAACAAAUAAGGGAGUGAUUUGGGAGACAUCCCCAAUUUAGGGAGCAGCAGCUUGCAGAAAAAACAACAAAAAGAAGCAAGCGUGAGAUAUCAGCAGAGGAAAGGAGAAAUGGUUCUUGGCAGGCAGCAAACGGACGCCUCUGUGCAGGACCCCAGAGGCCCCCAGUGGACCGGGAGCCGUAGGGUGGACUGGUGCCCACCACUUGUGCUCAAUCUGGCCAUGGCGCUACAGCAUGUGUUAGUGCAGUGUUCGCUGCUGGUGCUGACGGUGGGGAUGCUCCAGUGUCGUCUCCAGUGGACGGUGGCCCAGCGGGGUCAGCACCUGGCCUCUCUGCUCUUCUCCUCGGCCCUCGCCACUCUCCUGCACACCUGCACGGGCUCCUGCUUGCCACUGAUGCAGGCUCCGUCCUUGGAGAUGCUGGUCCCUGCCCUGGUCCUGCUCUCUGCUAAGACAGGGAACGAAGAGGACUGCAGGGGGCAGUAUAGCGAGACGGAGAGGUGUGACGCCCAGGGCAGUGCAGAGAGAGAGCUCCAGGGCAUGGUGGUGGUAGCUGGACUGCUGCAGGUGUGUGUGGGGGUGUGUGGGCUGGGCGGUGUGUGUCUGCGGCGCUGUGGACCGUUGGUGCUGGCUCCGCUGCUGUGCGUGCUCGGCCUGUCCAUCUACAGGGAGGCUGCGCUGCUGUGCUCUGACCACUGGGGAUUCGCAGCUCUGGCAGUAUUCCUCAUGGUGAUUCUCUCUCAGCAUCUGCGUUCCGUCUCCUUCUCUGCCCUUCCUGAUUUUGUACAAUUCCCAUUCUAUAGCAUGUUGUCUGUGCUGCUCCCCGUGCUGAUUGUGUGGGGUGUGUGUGUUCUGCUGGAGUUCUCGGGGCAUUUGCAGCUUCAUACACUCUCUGACCUGUUACCUGACCCGGGAGUCCAAAACGAGACCGCUCCACGCCUGCUCAACGACACACACACACACACAGUUCUCUCCUCAGGACCAUCUCUCAAACACUCCGGAACACUUCCCUGGAUCAGCCUCCCACACACAGGCGUGUGGCGCCCCCUGCUGUCUGGACGUGCUACUGCAGCUGGUGUGGCGGCGGCACUGGGCUCCUGUUGCAGCUCCAUGGCCGUGUACUGCCUGAGCUCUCGGUUCCUGGGGGCCCCUCAGCCUCCCGCGCACGCCUGCAACCGCGGCCUCCUCUCCGAGGGCCUCGCCACCCUGACCUCUGCCCUGCUGGGGUCAACGCUAGGGGUCGUCAGCAGCACGGCCAAUGUCUGCACCCUCGAGCUGAGCCAGUGUGGCUCUAGGAGGACGGUGCAGCUGGCGGCCAUCUUGGGACUGCUGUUGGGACUGUCCCCCAGACUAACAGUCCUCCUGUCCUCCAUCCCACUCGUCAUUUAUGGUGCUAUUCUGUGUGUGACCUAUGCUGUUGCCACAGCAACAGGGGUGACAUAUUUCCAGUACGGGCACAUGGACUCUGGACGGAACAUCUUCAACAUCGGGUUCACCACGUUCAUGGCCCUGGUUCUACCACGCUGGUUCCGUCUACAACCUGACGUUCUGUCUAUAGGGCAGUCAAGUGCUAAUGUGUUCCUGCUGUCCGUGCUGACCUCACCCAUGUUGCUGAUCUUCCUCAUGGCCUUCCUCCUGGAGAACUCUGUCUCUGGUAGUCUAGCAGAGAGAGGCCUGACCAGGGUGGAGGGAAAAAGGGGGGAAACGAUGCUUGUCCUCUCCGACGGGAGACAGAACCACGACGAAAGAGACGCCACGUAUGAACCUCCCUAUGUGGUCAGGAGACUGCUGGCGAUGCCUUACCUGAGGGUCGUCCCUUUCUAUGCCUGCAGGCUCCCAGACAGACAAGAAGUGGCUACACCCACGCAGGAAAUGACUAAUUUACUGGCUGUGUGAUGAUGUAAUGGGAAGAUGGUAUGGGGAGGGGCUUUUAAGGGAGAAAGACAACUGUAAGAUAGAGAAGUGUGGAAGAAACAGAAAUGUAAGUGCAUUACUGUGAGCCUCUGUAUGAACGGAAACACAGGUAUUCAACAGUCUGCAUACAUUAGAGGGGUGGGGGGUGGUAAAUGUUCUUGUGCAGAAGAUAUCUAUUAUUUAUUAUUCUCAGAUCCAUCCAAGCUUGAAGUAGCUGGGUUUCCCAUUAGCCAAUCAACAAAGCAGAUUUAUAGAUGUUUCUUUUUAUUUAUUUCUUUAUACAUUUCUUAAAUGUUCAUCUAACCCCCCACGAGUAUAGCCUGCAGAACUAAGCAAUGCCUAAUGGAACUCACAUGAAAAUAAAAUCAAGUCUCAGUGUGCAGUACAACACUUGUUAACUCACCAUCUACAUGCUCACAUAUUUUUUCUUUCUUUCUUUCUUUCUUUCUUUAUUUUGUUGUCUUUAUAGUUUCUUCCCUGUUGUGUAGAUUCUAUGUUGUAAAUUCUGCUCAAACAAGCCAACACAUCUCAGUCACUUUGUUACAAUACUAUGCUAAUCAGAAGGUGACCCAAGCCUGCAUGGGGGAACUUGGACAUGCUGUAUCACCCUAUGGCCAGAAGAUGGCAAUAAUGAGUGAGAAAGUAAUGAUUUUAGGAGGACUACUACACACAUAUAGAAUAAUGAAAAACUGUGUUCCCCUGGACAUUCUAACAUGUGCAGUUUGUAGUUUCUAGGCCAAAACACUUUUGUCAAAUUCAGUGAAUUUGGGUGCACGCAAACAAAGGGACAUAAACUUAUAUUUCAAAGGACAGUGUAAUAGCAAUGAAAAAGGUGGUUUUAACAGUUGAGUAUGGUGUAACAUUACGUGAAGAUACAGAGUUGCUUUGCCACUAUAAAAAGUGCAGUUCCUAAUUCACUGUUUGCAAAUAACUGUGUUUAUAGAUAUGUGUCUAUGUAGAAAUACUUUACUUGCAAAUAGAAACACCAAACGCUU